GAAGCAUUAGAAUAAUUAUUAUCCUCUGUGCUUAUAUAAAAUCAAAUCAGUUUUUAGCUUGUAUUAGUUGGGUAUAUUGUAUAGAAGAAAAUGCAUCUUAGCUUAAUGUUUGUGGUGCUUUCAGCAUUUUUGGUAAUUUCCAGUGCUCAAUUUGCCCAAUACCCUCCAGAAUUCCAACCUAAUCUUUUCAAUUCCAUCCAACAACCGUUUAACACUUACAGAAACUUCGGUGGCUACCAGUUAAGAUACCCGCCACCACCACCGCACAGGCCCAAUUUUUUUGAUCAAGUUUACAAUGAAAAAGGUGAAAAAUUGACUUGCAGAAUGGUGUGCUCGACUACUCAAGAUGAUACCACUGAAGAUGUAGAUGAUAGUUUACAGAAGGGUGAACUUUUGCCAGAGAAGAAAGAGAGCGAAGAGAAUAGGAUUGGGAAAAAGGAAUAAGGAUUUUUGGUUUCCAAAUAAGAAAUUAAAUGGUUUUGAAUUUUUU